GUGUGCGUGGUUUUCGAUUUGCAGACCGGUUUAGAUAUACCUGUGAAGAGCUUGCAAAAUCCAAUCAAUUUCAAAGAAUGAUCUUCUUCCUCGCUAUCGCAUCAAUCUCUGAGAGAAAUAUGUACGGAUUCGAGGCGCUUACGUUCAACAUCCAUGGCGGAUACUUGGAGGCGAUCGUCAGGGGUCACCGUGCUGGGCUUCUCACCACCGCCGAUUACAAUAACUUAUGUCAGUGUGAGAACCUAGACGACAUCAAGAUGCAUCUCUCUGCUACCAAAUACGGCUCUUAUCUCCAAAACGAGCCGUCGCCUCUACAUACCACCACAAUUGUGGAGAAGUGUACUCUCAAGCUUGUUGAUGAUUACAAACAUAUGCUCUGCCAAGCUACUGAGCCAAUGUCUACCUUUUUGGAGUACAUCAGAUAUGGCCACAUGAUUGACAAUGUCGUGCUCAUUGUCACUGGAACCCUGCACGAGAGAGAUGUUCAGGAGUUGCUCGAGAAAUGUCACCCUUUAGGCAUGUUUGACAGUAUUGCUACACUAGUUGUUGCUCAGAACAUGCGUGAACUCUAUAGGUUGGUGCUUGUGGACACUCCUCUUGCUCCAUACUUUUCUGAAUGCUUAACAUCAGAGGAUCUCGAUGACAUGAACAUAGAGAUUAUGAGGAAUACUCUCUACAAAGCAUACCUUGAGGAUUUUUACAAGUUCUGCCAGAAACUUGGUGGGGCAACAUCAGAGAUUAUGUCUGACCUUUUGGCCUUUGAAGCCGACAGAAGAGCAGUGAAUAUCACCAUCAAUAGUAUUGGCACUGAGCUCACAAGAGAAGACAGGAAGAAGCUGUACUCUAACUUCGGUCUCCUCUAUCCGUAUGGCCACGAGGAGCUUGCUAUCUGCGAGGAUAUAGAUCAGGUUCGUGGUGUUAUGGAGAAGUACCCUCCGUAUCAAGCUAUAUUCUCUAAAAUGUCUUAUGGAGAGAGCCAGAUGCUCGACAAGGCAUUUUAUGAAGAAGAAGUCAGAAGGCUUUGCUUAGCCUUUGAGCAACAGUUCCAUUAUGCCGUUUUCUUUGCGUACAUGAGGUUGAGGGAGCAGGAGAUCAGGAACCUGAUGUGGAUAUCCGAAUGUGUUGCACAGAACCAGAAGUCUAGGAUCCACGACAGUGUUGUCUACAUGUUCUGAGUCUGGUAAGAAGUCGAAAACACAUAUACAAUUUGUGAAAUCUGUUUGAAAAAGUGGAGAAUAAGAAAAACCCAUAUUGUUGUUGUUGGGUUUCUUCGUCGCUCCUCUUUACCAUAUUGUUGCGGUUCACAUUCACUGUUUAUGUCGCUUUGCGUGCGUGCGUGUAUUAAAUCUUCCCCAAUAAGAAUAAUUAUUUCCUAUUUGUUUGUUUUUGGCCAUAUUCUUGCUUAGUUCUCUAUUGUCGACUAAUGAACUCUUUGUAAUAAUAUCAAAUUACUUUGGCGGCCA